GUUAAUUCACAGCAAAUAUCUUUUUUUUUUCCAGGAGAAAGGAGGCAGGCAAACGUAGGAAGCUUACCUGUCCUUACCUGCCUUCCUUCCUUCCUGUUGGCCCAGCCCAUGCAGAGAGGAAGAGCAGAGAGUUUGCUCUAGUUUUACUAUAUAGUUGGGGUUGGGAAAAAGCAGUUUGGAGGAGAAAGGAGUCCCCAUUCAAAAGAAAAAGGAAGGAUUAGGCAUUAAAACCACCUGGGAGCAAGAUGGGACUUUGAUCAGCUUCCACCUGCGAGGAUUUUUCCAUUGCAAGCCAGGAGUUGGAGAGUCCAUCCGGGAAACUUCCAUCAUGGGCAGCAAGGAGCGCUUCCACUGGCAGGCGCAGAACGUCCGGCAGAGCGGGGUGGACGACAUGGUGCUCCUCUCCAAGAUCAGCGAAGACGCCAUCGUGGACAACCUCCGGAAGCGCUUCCUGGACGACUACAUCUUCACUUAUAUCGGUCCGGUCCUUAUCUCCGUCAAUCCAUUCAAGCAGCUGCCCUAUUUCACCGACCGAGAGAUCGACUUGUACCAAGGCGCGGCACAAUAUGAGAACCCUCCACACAUCUAUGCGCUGGCAGACAACAUGUACCGCAACAUGCUGAUCGAUGGGGAGAAUCAGUGCGUCAUUAUCAGUGGAGAGAGCGGAGCCGGGAAGACGGUGGCGGCCAAGUACAUCAUGGGCUACGUCUCCCGGGUGUCCGGCGGAGGCCCCAAAGUCCAGCACGUGAAGGACAUCAUCCUGAAGUCCAACCCGCUCCUGGAGGCCUUUGGGAACGCCAAGACGGUGCGCAACAACAACUCCAGCCGAUUUGGCAAAUACUUCGAGAUCCAGUUCAGUCGAGGCGGGGAACCCGACGGAGGCAAGAUCGCCAACUUCCUGCUGGAGAAAUCCCGGGUCGUGAGCCAGAAUCCCGGGGAGAGGAACUUCCACAUCUACUACCAGCUUCUGGAAGGAGCCAGUCCAGAUCAGAGAGAAGACCUGGGAGUCACGACCCCGGAUUAUUACUAUUAUCUCAACCAGUCGGCCGCCUACAAAGUGGACGACGUCGACGACUGUCAGGAGUUUCAGGAGACGCUGACAGCCAUGGACGUGGUGGGUCUCUCCGGAGAGGAGCAAGCCCUGGUCCUCCAAAUCGUGGCCGGCAUCCUCCAUAUGGGCAACAUCACCUUUCGGGAAUCCGGCAACUAUGCCGUCGUGGAGAGCGAGGAUUUCCUGGCUUUCCCGUCCUACCUCCUGGCCAUUGACCAGCAGCGGCUGAAGGAGAAGCUGACCAGCCGCAAGAUGGACAGCAAGUGGGGCGGCCGGCAAGAGGUCAUUGACGUGACGUUGAACGUGGAGCAGGCCAACUUCACCCGGGACGCGCUCUCCAAGGCCCUCUAUGCACGGCUCUUCGACUUCCUGGUGGACUCUGUGAACAAAGCGAUGCAGAAGCAGCACCAGGAGUACAGCAUCGGCGUCUUGGACAUCUAUGGUUUUGAGAUAUUCCAGAAGAACGGCUUCGAGCAAUUCUGCAUCAACUUCGUGAACGAGAAGCUCCAGCAGAUCUUCAUCGAGCUGACGCUGAAAGCUGAACAGGAAGAAUACGUCCAGGAGGGCAUCCGAUGGAGCCCCAUUGACUACUUUAACAACAAGGUGGUUUGCGACCUCAUCGAGAACAAAGUGAACCCUCCAGGCCUGAUGAGCAUUUUGGAUGACACAUGCGCCACGAUGCACGCCAAGGGCGAAGGGGCCGACCACACACUCCUGCAGAAGCUCCAGUCCACGCUGGGCACCCACCCGCACUUCAACAGCUGGAACAAGGGCUUCGUCAUCCAUCAUUAUGCCGGCAAGGUUUCGUACGACGUGGAGGGCUUUUGCGAGCGCAACCGGGACGUCCUCUUCACGGACCUCAUUGAGCUGAUGCAGAGCAGCGAGAUCCCUUUCAUCCGGGACCUUUUCCCUGAAAACCUCAAUGUGGAGAAGAAGGGGAGACCCACGACAGCGGGCAGCAAGAUCAAGAAACAAGCCAACAACUUGGUGGACACUUUGAUGAAAUGCACUCCUCACUACAUCCGGUGCAUCAAGCCAAACGAGACCAAAAAGCCCCGCGAUUGGGAAGAGAGCCGGGUGAAGCAUCAGGUGGAGUAUCUGGGCCUGCGGGAGAACAUCCGGGUGCGACGGGCUGGCUAUGCUUACCGCCGGGUCUUCAAAAAGUUCCUGCAUCGGUAUGCCAUCCUGACCCGGGAAACGUGGCCUUCGUGGCGUGGGGAUGAGAAGCAAGGCGUGGUGCACCUGAUGAAGUCGGUCAACAUGGACCCCGACCAGUACCAACUGGGCCGCACCAAGGUCUUCAUCAAAGCGCCCGAAUCGCUUUUUCUUCUCGAGGAGAUGCGGGAACGGCGUUACGAUGGCUAUGCCCGCAUCAUCCAAAAAGCGUGGCGUAAACACGUGGCCGUCCGGAAAUACAUCCAGAUGAGAGAAGAAGCGUCUAACAUCGUCCUGAACAAAAAGGAGCGCCGCCGGAACAGCCUCAACCGCAACUUUGUGGGCGACUACAUUGGCUUGGAGAACCACCCGGAGCUGCGCCGUUUUGUCGGAAGGAGAGAGCGGGUCGACUUCGCCGAGACGGUGCUGAAGUACGACCGGCGGUUCAAGACGGUUAAGCGGGACUUGAUCCUGACCCCCAAGUUCCUCUACCUGAUCGGGCGCGAGAAGGUGAAGCAAGGUCCCGAUAAAGGCCUCAUCAAAGAGGUCCUGAAGCGGCAGAUUGAGGUGGAAAAAGUCCAAUCGGUGUCUUUGAGCACCUUGCAGGACGACUUCAUCAUCAUCCACGAGCCGCAAUACGACAGCAUCCUGGAGUCGGUUUUCAAAACAGAGCUGCUCAGCUUGCUGUACAAACGCUACGAAGAGCGGACGGGGAAGCAGCUGCCGGUGAAGUUCAGCAACCAGCUGGAGUUCAAGGUGAAGAAGGACGGGUGGGGUCCCUGGGGGGCUGCCGGAUCCCGACAGAUCCAGUUCCAGAUCUGCCAGGGGGAUCUGACCCUCCUCCGGAACAACGGCAAAGUCCUGGUUGUCAGCAUUGGACCCGGUUUGCCCCGAAACGCCCGACCGACCCGGAAAGAUAACCGGAAAAGCCAGUAUCUCAGCGGAGGAGUCGCCCAAAUGUGGAACACCCCAAGCAACACAGGUUCGAAGUGGGAGCACCGCAGUGGCGGGGCUGGGACGAGGCCGCCCUUCCAGCAGCGCCUCUCCAUGACCCGGCAGGGCAGCGUGGAGCAGCCCAGCCUGCCUCGCCAAGGGGCCAGCCCUCGGGCCAAGGCCCUCCCCACGCACCUCAACCUGGACUUCAUGAACGUCCCGGACCAAGGAGUCGCGGGGCUCCAGAGGCGUCUCUCGAAGGAAGCCAAGCCUGUUCCCGGCGGAGGAAGGGCUAAACCUAAACCCAAGCCCAAACCCCAGCCGCGUUUCCCGCAGUGCCGGGCGCUGUACGCCUACGACGCACAAGACACCGACGAACUCAGCUUCAACGCCGACGAUAUGAUCGAAAUCAUCAAGGAAGAUCCUUCCGGCUGGUGGCAGGGACGCAUCCGCGGCAAAGAAGGCUUGUUUCCGGGGAAUUACGUGGAGAAGAUCUGAGAUCGGACACUUUUCAUCCUUCGACUGCUGUGUUUUGAGACUGGAAAGUUUCCCCGCCAUAAAAGACGAUUUGGGAGACUGAAGGAACUGCUUUGGAAACUUACCCAGAGGGGCCGGAGUCGCCCUUUUGCACAAACUCCCCUUUCCAUUUUGCAAGAACAAAAUUCCCCCCUUUAAAAAAAAAAGCAACAAGAGGAAUGCCAGAAAAGGCUGGACAUUUUGGGGAGCCAAAGUAUGGAGAAGAUAUUUUCUCCGAGGUUAAAAUAAUAUGGUUUUAAUAAGAAAAGAGGUUUUAAAAUGCCUCCACUUAAUACCAACCAACCAUCUUCUUCUUUAGAGUGUUGGGUUUGCACUCUGCUGUUGUACAGAGAGCCUUGUUUUCUCCAGAAUUUGGCCUAAUGUGACUUAUUAUGAGCAGAGUGCAGACUUAUUGCCAGAUUGCAACUCCCAUCACCCCCAGCCUGAUGGGUGUUGCAGUCCGGCAGCAGCUCCUCCUCUGGCCUUGGCAUUUUAAGUCAAAACCUACGUAUGAAAAGGAGGCAUUAAAAAAAUCAAAACUAAAA